UACUGAGAUAAAGCUAUGUCCAGUCAUGUUACACUUUGAACCAAUUUUGACCAUUCUGAGAAGCUUUUAACCAUUAUAGUAACUCUUUUCCCUUGGCGCAUCUCACUACCUUUUUUCAUGCAAACUAGCACUGUCGUACUCAUGCCUGCAAUUCUAGGAUGCAAAGGCGACAACUUCAGCUUCAUGCAGCCUUCAGACUGACAUAAAGGUGAGCUGCAUAGAUAUUCCUUUAGUUUCGUCCCAUUUGCAAUCACCACCAUUCAUCAAAGCUUUGUGAGAACACAAAACAAACAAUAGUCUCUUUGGUCCUAAAACUAUUGUGGGUUUUCAUUUGUCAGUUUCCUGGUCUUCUCUCAUGGCUUCUGUGUCUCUUUUGUUUGUAGGUUUCCUUGCUUUGGCAGGAGAGGUGAUUGCACAGCAAAACAGAGGAGGUGAAAUGGUGAUGGAAGAGGAAGAGAUUUUGGGGCUAUUUGAUGUCAUGGGUGGUCUUCUAGAUGAUUCUGGCUGGGCUGAGCUGCAUCCGCAGCCUUGUACAGACACUCCAUGGCCUGGUGUUGAAUGUGAAAUUGGUCAAGACCCUCCAAUCUUUCAUGUAACAAAGAUUCAUAUUGGCCCUGAUGUUGUCUCCCCACCCUGCAAAUCCUCUGCUAAUCUAUCAGAUUCCCUCCUCAAACUACCUUUUCUGAAGACUCUGUCUAUAUUCAACUGUUUUCUUACAACUCCUGUCACUCUUUCUCCGACCCUUUUUGGUGCAGUCUCUUCUUUGGAGUGUUUAGCCCUUGUAUCCAAUCCAGCCCUCUCCGGAGGAAUUCCAUCAAGCAUAUCAGAAGUUGUCAGCCUAAGGGUCCUGAAUCUGGCACAAAACAACCUGCAGGGAGAAAUCCCAAGGGAGAUUGGUGGGUUGGUCAACUUAGAGCAACUUGAUUUGAGUUACAACAAUUUAAGUGGAGAUAUCCCAGAAGAAAUUGGUGGGUUGACUCAUUUGACCAUCUUGGACUUAAGCUGGAAUGGCAUUGAAGGGGAUCUGCCUAGUUCUCUGUGUCAGCUUCCUAUUCUCCAAAAGAUUGACUUGAGCUCAAACAGGUUUGUUGGAAGGAUACCUCCAGAAUUAGGGAUGCUCAACAGGUUGGCAUUGUUUGAUUUAAGCAACAAUUUUGUUAAUGGGCCAAUCCCUGAAACCCUCUCAGGUUUGGAGAAUUUGGAGUAUCUUGUAUUUGAUCACAACCCUAUAACUACAGGGAUGCCCUUGUUCAUAGGUACCCUUAGGAAGCUAAAAUCAUUGAGUUUGUCAGGAUGUGGGCUCACAGGCAAAAUACCAAACACUAUCACUACAAUGGAAAGCCUCACUGCUCUAGCUCUAGACAACAACAGCCUCACUGGAACAAUUCCUACAGAUUUAGGGGCUCUUCCAAAUCUUGAUCAGCUAAACUUAAGCCACAAUCAAUUAAGUGGGCAGCUUCAACUCCCAGAGGAGUUCAUUGACAGGCUUGGGAAGAGGUUGGAUGUUAGAGGCAACGCAGGGCUCUGCACAAGCAACAAAAUAUACAAAAAGAAGAACAUUUCUACGUAUCUAGAAACUCCUGUUUGCUUCAAUACAACAGGACCCAUGAAUCACAAAACCGUUGCUAAUGAUCAACACCCAGAUGAUGAUUCUGAGACAACGAAGACAUCCUGGCACCAUGACAAGACAAGUUCAAAUACUUCACAUGGAGAGAUCAAAAACACAUUUUACUCACUUGGGCUUUCAGUUUUUGUACUUUGUUUUCUGAUUUUCUCAUUGUAAGAGUACUGUAACAAUUAUAUAUAGUCAUUUACUGGUUUUUGCUUCAGAUU